AUGACCACCGCCCACCGCCCCUUCACGCUUGCCCACGGCUCCAUAGAGCUCACGGUCUUGGUGCCCACGGCCGUGUUUUUCAAGUACUCGCAGUUGAAAGAGCUGUUCGACAAGGCCUUGCCGGUGCCCACCGAGGGCUUUGCCGCCGACGACGAGCCGGCCAGUCCUGCAGAGUUGUUUGCCAAGUUUGUCGGCUUUACCGCCAGCUUGGUCGACCCCGCCGCGGCCGGCCAGUUCGACGAGAUCUUGCCCCGCUUGUUGCAGGAGUUCGAGCUGCGCUACGUGGCCGGCCUGGACAUCCACACGUUCGCCGCUGCUUUGCUCGCAGACGACACUUACCCCACCACGCCCUUGAAAGCCAAGGAGGUCAUCAAGUGCUACUUCGACGCGGUGAUUGCGUCCAAGGCCACCAUCCCCCGCGCGGACGCCGCGUUGGUGCAGCAGCUGGCCGCGCGCACGGCCAAGACCUUGGCCAUUUUCGGUGGCCAGGGCAACUCCGACGACUACUUCGAGGAGUUGCGCGAGUUGAACCACACGUAUCGCGGCUUGGUGACGGACUUGCUUGCACGCGUUGCCCACCGCUUGUCCGACUUGGUCAAGACCACGGAGAACGUGGACAAGAUCUACACCCAGGGCUUCGACAUCAUGGCCUGGUUGAAGAGCCCCGACCAGACCCCUGACCAGGACUACUUGUUGUCCGUGCCCGUGUCGUGUCCCUUGAUCUGUGUUAUCCAGUUGUGCCACUACGCCGUCACGUGCAAGACCUUGGGCGUGUCGCCCGGCGAGUUCAGGGACGCGCUUGUCGGCGCCACCGGCCACUCCCAGGGCUUGGUCACCGCUGUUGCCAUUGCCCUGGCUGACUCGUGGGACUCGUUCCACGAGAACGCCUUGAAGGCCGUCUCCUUGUUGUUCUUCAUCGGCUCCCGCUGUUUGACCACCUACCCGCGCACCUCCUUGCCCCCCACCAUGUUGCAAGACUCUUUGGAAAACGGCGAGGGCAGACCCUCCCCCAUGUUGUCUGUGAGGGACUUGCCCCGCGAGGAUGUUGACAAGUUCAUUGCCAUCACCAACAAGCACUUGCCUGCCGAGAAGCGCGUGGCCAUCUCCUUGGUCAACGGCGCAAGAAACUUGGUUGUCUCUGGCCCUCCAGAGUCUCUUUACGGUUUGAACUUGACCCUCAGAAACAACAAGGCUCCGUCCGGCUUGGACCAGGCUAGAGUGCCACACUCCCAGAGAAAGUUGAAGUUUGCCAACAGAUUCUUGCCUAUCCUCGCGCCCUUCCACUCCCACUUGUUGGAACCUGCAACCGCAAUGAUCUUGGACGACAUCGACAGAGAGAACUUGCAGUUCCGCGCCGCCGACAUCAAGAUUCCUGUCUACGACACCUACUCGGGCGAGAACUUCCAGAACUCCACUGCGGAAAUCGCUGCCAGAGUCACUGAGUGCAUCACCCAGUUGCCUGUCCACUGGGAGGACGUCACUCAAUUCGAGUCCACCCACUUGUUGGACUUUGGUCCCGGAGGCGUUUCCGGCUUGGGUGUCUUGACCCACAGAAACAAGGAGGGUACCGGCUCGCGUGUCAUUAUUGCUGGCGCGCUCGACGUGGCUAUUGACGACGAGUACGGCUUCAAGCAGGAGAUUUUCAACACCAAUGCCGACUCCAUCAAGUGGGCACCUAACUGGUUGGAAGAGUUCAAGCCCAAGUUAGUCAAGACCAAGGCCGGCAAGGUCUUUGUUGACACCAAGUUCUCCAGAUUGUUAGGCAGAGCCCCACUCAUGGUCCCAGGUAUGACUCCUACCACGGUCAACACUGAGAUCGUCACCGCCGCCACCAACGCCGGCUACCAUAUCGAGUUGGCUGGAGGAGGCUACUUCAAUGCCAAGGGCAUGCAGGACGCCAUUGACGAGAUCACUCAGAACAUCGUGCCCGGAAGCAGCAUUGGUAUCAAUUUGAUUUAUGUCAACCCAAGAAUGUUGCAAUGGGGUAUUCCUUUGAUCAAGGAGUUGAGAGAGAAGGGCUAUCCUGUGCAGUCCUUGACCAUUGGUGCUGGCGUGCCUUCUAUGGAGGUUGCUACCGAGUACAUCGAGACCUUGGGUAUGACCCACUUGGGCUUGAAGCCAGGUUCUGUCGAGGCUAUCAGUGCUGUUAUUGCAAUUGCCAAGGCCCACCCCACUUUCCCUAUUGUGUUGCAGUGGACUGGUGGCAGAGGUGGUGGUCACCACUCUUUCGAGGACUUCCACCAACCUAUCUUCCAGAUGUACUCCAAGAUCAGAAAGUGCUCCAACAUCGUCUUGGUUGCCGGCUCUGGAUUCGGGUCUGACGAGGACACCUACCCAUACUUGACUGGUUCAUGGUCCACUGAAGCCAACUACCCACCAAUGCCUUUUGACGGUGUGUUGUUUGGCUCGCGUGUGAUGACUGCAAAGGAGGCGCACACCUCAUUGGAGGCAAAGAAGCUCAUUGCUUCGUGCCCAGGUGUCCCCGACAGCCAAUGGGAGACCACCUACAAGAAGCCAGCUGGUGGUAUCGUGACUGUGAGAUCUGAGAUGGGCGAGCCUAUCCACAAGAUCGCCACGAGAGGUGUCAUGUUAUGGAAGGAGUUGGAUGAGACUAUCUUCAACUUGCCAAAGAACAAGCUUGUGGAUGCCUUGACCAAGAAGAAGGACUACAUCAUUAACAGAUUAGACAAGGACUUCCAAAAGCCAUGGUUUGCUCGCAACGCUGCAGGUGUCUGUGACUUGGAAGACAUGACCUACCAGGAAGUUGCCAACAGAUUGAUUGAAUUGAUGUACGUGAAGAAGUCUGGCAAGUGGACCGAUCUUUCUCUCAGAAACUUUUUUGCCAACUUCUUGAGAAGAGUUGAAGAAAGAUUCACCGCCAAGGCUGACCAAGUUUCCUUGAUCCAAAACAAUUCCCAGUUAACCAAGGACCCACAACAAUUUUCCGACAAAUUGUUCGAUGCUUUCCCAACCGCCAAGGAGCAAUUGAUUUCUGAGGAGGAUUGUGACUUUUUCUUGAUGUGCUGUGCUGCUCCAGGGCAGAAGCCUGCUCCUUUCGUUCCUGUCUUGGACGAGAGGUUUGAAUUCUUCUUUAAGAAGGACUCUUUGUGGCAGUCCGAGAACUUGGAGACUGUCUUUGAUGGAGAUGUUCAGAGAACCUGUAUUCUUCAUGGUCCAGUUGCUGCUCAGUUCACUAACAAGAUCGAUGAGCCCAUCAAGGAGAUUUUGGAUAACAUUCACGAUGGACACAUCAAAAAGUUGAUCAAGGACGAGUACAGCGGCGAUGAGUCAAAGAUCCCUGUCGUCGAGUUCUUCAGCGAUGUGGCUCCAAUUGAGAAGAAGGCUCUUGCUGGCGUUGUCGCGGAGCAGUCUUCCACCAAAUCUGUCUACAAAGUCGGCUCCAAGCUCCCAUCCAAGAAGGAAUGGAUUCAGACCUUGUGCGGUGACAAGUUGAACUGGUUGUACGCUUUGAUCUCCACUAACAGAAUCGUGCAAGGUAAGAAGCAUGUGCCUAACCCAGUGCACGACAUCUUGGGCCCUGCUCCAAACAGUGUUGUUGAGAUUGUGAACAGCACCGAUGCCUCGAAGAUCUCGCUUGUUCUUUCCGAGAAGGUUCAAGGUGAUCUUAAGCCAGUCGUUGAGAUCAAGAUCAAUAGCAAGUCUCAGAUUGAGAUGAAUUUGAUCGAGCACAGAACUGCUGACGGCAAGCCUGUCUCCUUGCCAUUCUUGUACGACUUCAAGCCAGAGGAUGGGUUUGCCCCAAUUGCUGAGGUUAUGGAGGGCAGAAACGAUAGAAUCAAGGAGUUCUACUGGAAGUUGUGGUUUGGAAGUAAUGUCCCAGUUGACUUCGACAUUGAUGUUGAACAGGUUAUUCCAGGUGAGGAAGUCACUGUCUCCGGUAAGGAUAUCUCCGAGUUCACGCACGCCAUUGGUAACACUUGUGAGGCUUUCAUUGACAGACCAGGCAGAAAGACUUUGGCUCCAAUGGAUUUCGCCAUUGUUGUCGGAUGGAAGGCCAUUAUGAAGGCAAUUUUCCCAAAGACCAUUGAUGGCGACUUGUUGAAGUUGGUACACUUGUCCAACGGCUACAGGAUGAUUCCUGGCGCUGCUCCAUUGCAAAAGGAUGAUGUUCUUUCUACCAAGGCUGUGAUCAACGCCGUCUUGAACCAGCCAUCUGGUAAGAAGGUGGAAGUUGUCGGCACUAUCUACAGAGAGGGUCAGGCAGUAAUGGAGGUCACGUCCUCGUUCUUCUACAGGGGCCAAUACCUCGAUUACGAGAACACCUUCCAGAAGGUCACUGAGGACCCAGUGCAGAUUGCAUUCAAGUCCAGCAAAGACUUGGCCAUCUUGAGAUCUAAGGAAUGGUUCCAUUUGGACAAGGAUGUCGAUUUGAUGGGCCAGACAUUGACAUUUAGAUGUGAGUCUGUCUACAAGUUCAAGUCCGAGGAAGUGUACUCUUUCAUCAAGACGACUGGUAAGGUUUUGUUGGAGUUGCCAACUAAGGAGAUGGUUGAGAUUGGCUCUGUUGACUAUGAGGCGGGUGUUUCUCACGGAAACCCAGUGACUGAUUAUUUUGCUAGAAACGGUCAGACUAUCGAGCAAGACGUUAAGUUUGAGAAUGCCAUUCCGCUCGCUUCUGGCGAGGAAUUGAGAUCCAAGGCUCCAUCGACCAACGAGCCUUAUGCGAAGGUUUCUGGUGACUACAAUCCUAUUCACGUUUCCAGAGUCUUUGCCGCUUAUGCCAAGUUGCCAGGUACUAUUACCCACGGUAUGUACUCUUCUGGUUCCAUCAGAGCUUUGGUUGAGGAGUGGGCUGCUAACAGCAUUGCUUCCAGAGUUAGAGCUUUCAAUGCCACUUUUGUUGGUAUGGUUUUGCCUAACGACAUCUUGCAAACCUCUUUGGUGCACAUUGGCAUGGUGAAUGGUCGCAAGAUCAUUAAGGUUGAGACCAAGAACGUGGAAACCGACACCACUGUUUUAGUUGGUGAAGCUGAGAUUGAGCAACCAGUUACCACCUACGUUUUCACUGGACAAGGUUCUCAAGAACAAGGUAUGGGUAUGGACUUGUACAACAACUCUGAAGUUGCUAAGGAAGUCUGGGACAGAGCUGACCGUCACUUUGUCAACAACUAUGGUUUCUCCAUUCUUGACAUUGUGAAGAACAACCCUAACGAGUUGACAGUGCACUUUGGAGGUGCCAAGGGAAGAAUGAUUAGAGACAAUUAUAUCUCUAUGAUGUUCGAGACCAUUGGUGACGACGGCGAGAUCAAGUCUGAGAAGAUUUUCAAGGAGAUUGAUCACACGACAACCUCUCACACUUUUGUGUCUCCAACUGGUUUGUUGUCAGCCACUCAAUUCACCCAACCAGCUUUGACUUUGAUGGAGAAGGCAUCUUAUGAGGACAUCAAAUCUAAGGGAUUGGUACCAUCGGAUGUCAUGUUCGCUGGUCACUCGUUGGGUGAGUACUCUGCGUUGUCUUCGUUGGCCAAUGUUAUGCCAAUCGAGUCCUUGGUGGAUGUUGUUUUCUACAGAGGUAUGACUAUGCAAGUUGCUGUUCCAAGAGACGAGUUGGGAAGAUCUAACUACGGUAUGUGUGCCGUUAACCCUACUAGAGUCAGCCCCACUUUCAACGAUGCUGCUAUGAGAUUCGUUGUCGAUGAAGUUUCGGAGAAGACUGGAUGGUUGUUGGAGAUUGUCAAUUAUAACGUUGAGAACACUCAAUAUGUCACUGCUGGUGACUUGAGAGCUUUGGACACUUUGACCAACGUGUUGAAUGUGAUCAAAUUGAACAAGAUCGACAUUGUCAAGCUUCAGGAGCAAAUGUCUCUUGACAAAGUCAAGGAGCACUUGAAGGAUAUCAUUGACGAGGUUUCUGCUCAAUCCUUGGCCAAGGAACAGCCUAUCGACUUGCAAAGAGGGUUUGCGGUCAUUCCAUUGAAGGGUAUCUCGGUUCCUUUCCACUCUUCCUACUUGAUGUCUGGUGUCAAGCCAUUCAAGAGAUUCUUGUGCAAGAAGAUUCCAAAGUCUUCUGUCAAGCCAAAGGACUUGAUCGACAAGUACAUUCCUAACUUGACUGCGAAGCCAUUCCAGAUCACCAAGGAGUAUUUCGAGGAAGUCUACGAGUUGACCAAGUCUGACAAGAUCAAGUCGAUCAUUGACAACUGGGAGUCGUAUGAGAAAGCUUAA